GAAAAUCAUUGCCUAUCGUGACAUCCAGAGGGCUAUUCUCUUUUUGCACGUGCUUUUUUUUCUCUUUAAAUCCGUCAUUUUGGAUUUAUGAAAACAUAUUGUAUUGUCUACGUAUGGCGUGAAGUUAUUUGGCUUUUAAGUAAUUUUAAUAAACGCAAGAAUUGAUUUGUUUUCUACGUGUAAAAAAAAAAGAAAAAUAAAAUGUUUGUUUUGUAUGAAACACCGGCCGGAUACGCCAUAUUUAAAUUGUUAGAUGAGAAAAAGUUAAAAGAAGUGGAUAACUUAUACCAGGAGUUUCAAACUCCGGACAGAGCCAAUAAAUUGCUGAAAUUAAAACAUUUUCAAAAGUUUAAUGAUACCACAGAAGCCUUGGCUGCUGCCACGGCCGCGGUUGAGGGUAAAGUGUCGAAACCCUUAAAGAAAACCCUUAAGAAAUUGUUUGGCGAUGAAGUGCAAGAAUCGCUUCUUGUAGCCGAUGCAAAGUUGGGUAACGCCAUUAAAGAUAAAUUUGCUGUGCAAUGUGUUUAUAAUACUGGAGUUCAGGAAUUGAUGCGUUGCAUUCGCCAACAAGCAGACAGUUUGUUAGGUGGAUUACCCAAAAAAGAAAUGACUGCUAUGGCUUUAGGUUUGGCGCACUCACUCUCGCGUUACAAACUAAAGUUUUCCCCAGACAAAAUUGACACCAUGAUUGUACAAGCUCAGUGCUUGCUAGAUGAUUUGGAUAAGGAGCUUAAUAAUUAUAUAAUGAGAGCACGUGAAUGGUAUGGUUGGCAUUUUCCGGAAUUGGGAAAACUAAUCACCGACAACAUUGCUUUUGUGAAAACCAUCAAAUUGGUGGGUACCCGUGACAAUAUAGCCGUCGCCGACCUAUCAGAUAUAUUGCCGGAGGAUGUGGAGGAGAGAGUUAAGGAAGCCGCCGAGAUUUCCAUGGGCACCGAGAUAUCAGAAGAUGAUACAAUUAAUAUCCAAUGUUUAUGUGAUGAGAUUUUGUCAAUUAGUGAAUACCGCGCCCAUUUAUACGAUUACCUCAAGGCUCGCAUGAUGGCUAUGGCCCCGAAUCUGACAAUUCUAGUGGGAGAGACAGUGGGUGCUCGUUUAAUUGCUCAUGCUGGUUCUCUGAUUAAUCUUGCUAAACAUCCUUCGUCCACGGUACAAAUAUUGGGUGCCGAAAAGGCUCUAUUCCGUGCCUUAAAAACCAAAAAGGACACACCAAAAUAUGGCCUGAUAUUUCACGCUCAGUUAGUAGGACAAGCGAGUUUAAAGAAUAAAGGUAAAAUAUCGCGCUCUCUAGCAGCCAAGGCUUCGCUAGCUACGCGCGUUGACGCUUUUGGUGAAGAGGCCACCUUUGAAUUGGGUGCAGCCCACAAAGUUAGACUGGAAGCCAGACUUCGCCUAUUAGAAGAAGGUAAUUUACGUAAACUAUCCGGUACAGGGAAAGCGAAAGCAAAAUUUGAGAAAUAUCAAGCAAAGAGCGAAGUUUUUACCUAUCAUCCUGAAGCUGAUAGUACCUUGGGCUUAGCGAAGAAACGAAAACAUUCAGAUGCUGCGGAAUGCAGUAAAUCUGCAAAAAGUCAAAAAAUUGAACCUGAAGAUGUAGCAGUGGAAGCAGAGAAAUCUCCUGAUACUGAGGAGUUAAAAUCUGAGAAGAAAAAGAAGAAGAAGAAAAAUAAAAACAAAGAUCAAGACACCACCCUAGUUGCCGAUGCGGACGCGCCAGAACCUUCAGGGACACCGGCUAAAAAGAAGGUUAAAAAAGAUAAAGAUGUACUUGUGGAGUCAGACUGAGCUGGCAUCUACAGCUUUUUAUUGUUCAUCUUAGGCUACUGCUUUAUAAAAAUUGAUAAUACCUUAAGUUUUUGUAUUAGUCAUAAAAGAAAUAAAUGAAUUAAAACCUACAAUAGUUUUUAAUGUCGAUAUAAUAUAACCACAUCGUAAUAUUUUUAUA